ACGAUAACAUUCGUUAUGUCUCAGACAGUUGAACUGGCUCCAAUGACGGGGAAUGAAAAAUUUCAGGAUGUUGAGUAUACGAUUGCCAACAAAGAAAGCGUGAGCCUGCAUAUUGGGGCCAAACCGAGUAUAUGGGACCACGUUUUUAUAGUUGUAGCGGAAUUUAUCGGUACGGCGACGCUGCUAUUUCUAUCAUGCAUGGGGACAACUAUGGGCAUCCAGGGUGAUAUUUCAACGAUGCAAGUCAGCUUCAAUACUGGACUGGCAGUUAUGGCGGUUAUUCAGAUGUUCGGACACAUAUCCGGUGCCCACGUCAAUCCGGUGGUGACUAUGUCAGCUUUCAUAUUAAACGAAAUAACCCUCGUGCAGGUGCCGCUGUAUGUAAUCUCUCAAAUUUUUGGGAGUCUCGCGGGUGUUGGUCUUCAAGUGAUGGUGACUCCCAGACGAUAUAUCGAUGUCACUGGACAUGGGGUUUGCGUCCCGACACCCCACUCGGAUAUAACCCAUUUGCAGGCAUUCGGUGUAGAAAUAUUAUUAACGACCAUCUUAAUAUUCUCUAUUUGUGCUUGCUGGGAUCGAAGGAAUUCCGAUAAACUGGAUUCUGUGGCAUUAAGGAUCGGCCUAGUAGUUGGAGUUUUAAAUUUAGCCGCCGCUGCUUAUACAGGAGCUAGUAUGAAUCCAGUACGAACUUUUGGUCCAGCUGUAUGGGGGAACGACUAUAAUGCUCAUUGGGUCUAUUGGAUUGCCCCAACCAUAGGAUCUCUUAUAGCUACGUUCACUUAUAAAUACAUAUUCUUGCGGAAAAAAUAAUUUUUAUAUAUAACUCCUAUAAGAUAAGUUGUUUUAAACUAUAUACUAUAUAUAGGACGCAUGUAUAGAAUAAAAAGAAUAUAUUAUAGGCAACAUACUUUGGAAGAACUUACCAUUAUUAAGUUGUUCAAGCUUUUGCUUUGGACGGCCUCUGUGACAAUCCUCA